AUGCAUCAUGGGCAGAUCUAAUGGGACCUCCUCAGUGGUAGGCUUCACACUCCUGGGCCUCUCAGCCCACCCAAAGCUGGAGAAGAUGUUCUUUGUGCUCAUCCUGCUCACGUACCUGGUGAUCCUGCUGGGCAACGGGCUCCUCAUCCUGGUGACCAUCCUGGACCCCCGCCUCCACACGCCCAUGUACUUCUUCCUGGGGAACCUCUCCUUCCUCGACAUCUGCUACACCACCUCCUCAGUGCCCCUCAUUCUUGACAGCUUCCUGACCCCCAGGAAAACCAUUCCCUUCCCAGCCUGUGCCAUGCAGAUGUUUCUUUCCUUUGCCAUGGGAGCCACAGAGUGUGUGCUUCUGGGCAUGAUGGCAUUUGAUCGCUAUGUCGCCAUCUGUAACCCCCUGCGGUACCCCAUUGUCAUGAGCAAGGCUGUCUAUGUGCCCAUGGCUGUCAGCUCCUGGGCAGCUGGAAGCACCACUGCCACAGUGCAGACAUCCCUAGCAAUGCAACUGCCUUUCUGUGGGGACAACAUCAUCAACCACUUCACCUGUGAGAUCCUGGCUGUCCUGAAGCUGGCCUGUGCUGACAUCUCCAUCAAUGUCAUCAGCAUGGGGGUGGCCAAUGUGAUCUUCCUGGGGGUACCAGUUCUGUUCAUCUCUUUCUCAUAUAUGUUCAUCAUCAUUACCAUUUUGAAGAUCCCCUCAGCUGAGGGGAGGAAAAAGGCCUUCUCCACCUGCUCUGCCCACCUCACUGUGGUGGUCAUCUUCUAUGGGACCAUCCUCUUCAUGUAUGGGAAGCCUAAAUCCAAGGACCCCCUGGGGGCUGACAAACAGGACCUUGCAGACAAGCUCACCUCCCUCUUCUAUGGGGUGGUGACCCCCAUGCUCAACCCCAUUAUCUACAGCCUGAGGAACAAGGAUGUGAAAGCUGCCAUGAGGAACUUGGUAACUCAGAAAUGCUUCACCCAGUGACAGUGGAGGGGUCUCGCUGGUUCUCUGCUCUCUGCUUUCCCUUACUUAUGGGU